AUGAAUAUCACGGGCUUUAACCAAACGGACGCAGGUCUGUUCAACAAAACAGACGAGAUUUUCUGCUGUAACUUUUCCUCCGUGGUGACUGACAAUGGCUUUGUUGCGGCCGCUCCGGAUGAGAGAAGCCUUUUCGUCAUGCGUGUGGUCCAGAUCGCCGUCAUGUGCGUCCUCUCCCUAACCGUGGUGUUUGGCAUUUUCUUUCUGGGCUGCAACCUGCUCAUAAAGUCUGAAGGGAUGAUAAACUUUCUGGUAGCGGACAGAAGACCGUCCAAAGAGGCGGAGGCGGUAAUAGUCGGGGCGUACUGA